UCCUUCAAAGAUCACACGCACACCAUCGUAUAUUACCCAUCUGUCAAAAAACGCAUCACCAACAAGCAAGACGCGUACCGUGGUUGAAAACGCACAUAAUUUUGAUUAUCCUUCGUUUUCCGCCUCGUUAACACAAAGCUGCCGACGACGCAGAAUGGCAAAAGAAGGUGAAGCGAUACGUGUUGAUAAGGAACUCGAUCUGUCGAACGCGGGCCGUGGUGUGUGGCUCGUAAAGGUACCGAAGUACAUUGCCAACAAGUGGGAAAAAGCACCGGGCAAUAUCGAGGUGGGGAAGCUGAAAAUUUCCAAACAAGUCGGCCAGAAGGCACAGGUAUCGCUCACACUUUCCGAUGCGGUCAUAAAUAUAGACCCGGCCGAGGAGAUUCCCCGUGACCACCGGCUGGAUGUGUCGGUCGUAACCAAACAAACGUUGGGCGUAUUCUCCCAUGCAACCACGACCACUCGGGAUGAUCCGGUGCCCGAGUGCGAGAAGCAGUAUAUGGAGGGACGCAUCGUACAAAAGCUGGAAUGCCGUCCGUAUGCAGAUAAUUGCUACAUGAAGAUGAAACUCGAAUCGAUCCGGAAAGCUUCCCAACCGGCACGGCAAGUGAAAUCGCUCGAAAAGAUCGUGCACAACUACAAACCCGUUUCGGACCACAAGCACAACAUCGAGGAUCGGGAACGCAAGAAGGCCGAGGGUAAGAAGAGCCGGGACGAUAAGAACGCGGUACUCGAUAUGCUGUUUCACGCGUUCGAGAAGCAUCAGUAUUACAAUAUUAAGGAUCUGGUGAGGAUCACUCGGCAACCGAUCAGCUACCUGAAGGAAAUCCUCAAGGAAGUGUGCGACUAUAAUAUGAAAAAUCCCCACAAAAACAUGUGGGAGCUGAAGAAGGAGUAUCGGCACUACAAAGAGGACGACAAGAAGGACGACGAUGCGACGAAGGACACGAUGUCGGACAGUGACAGCGACUAGUUGUGAUAUUUUCCCACGCAAAGUCUCUAGAAAUGGUCAGGUGUGGGUUGCAUU